AUAGAAUAUCCCGAAGCAGUCAUACCAUUACAUGAUACAGAUUAUAUUAAAUGAGGUAUAGGCGAACGCACGGGUUUGGAUAUUAAAAAAUUUAGAGAAUGUGGACCUGAAAUAUUACAAUGGCAAAUCAGUUAUUAUAUGCCGGACUAUUAAUUCUCGGACUUUAUUGCGUAACGGAGGUAGGAGCCGACUUUUACGGACCAUGUACUACCAACUCAUGCGGUACAAAUGGAGCAUGUACCGGGGAUAACUAUUUCCAUUACUGUGUGUGUUCUGGAAACUUUACUGGUAGCAGAUGCCAAUACGAUACGAAUACAUUGUGUUCCAACUAUUGCCAAAAUGGCGGAUCGUGUAGUGUGACGCUGAAGGGACUUGUAUGGUGCCAGUGCCCUGACGGAUUCCUGGGGCAGCGUUGUGAAACAAAUGCCACAGAUCCAUGCUACAAGGCACCGUGUCUCAACGGAGGUACAUGUAUAGGAACCCUGGGAUAUUCAUAUUGCUCUUGCGCAACUGGAUUCCUGGGAAGCACCUGUAGCGUCAAUGGUACUGCAAUUUGUGACGGUUACUGCCAGAACUCUGGAACCUGCCAAGUUAGCGAAUAUGGACAUCCUUCUUGUUGGUGCGCAAAGGGCUUCUUCGGAGAUAGAUGUCAGAAAAAUGAAACUUCAGCGUGCAUUAAAGCACCUUGCUUGAAUGGAGGUUCCUGUAUAGGAGACAUUUACUAUCACUACUGUGCCUGCCCAGGAGCCUUUAAGGGAAAACGUUGUGAGAUAGACACGGUAACGCUAUGCACGGGCUAUUGUAGCAAUGGCGGGACGUGUAAGGUGGACGAUUAUGGGAACGCCUUUUGCAUCUGUCCAACUGGAUUUGAGGGUUAUCAAUGUCAAUUAAACCGGACUGACCCGUGUUGGGCGCACCCGUGUCUCAACGGUGGCACGUGUAUCGGGGACCAUUAUUACCACUACUGCAAAUGCCCAACAAACUUCAUUGGAAAAACAUGCACUACAGAUGUUUCGGCUGUUUGCACCAGUUACUGUGCAAAUAAUGGGACAUGUAAUAUAGACAGCCACGGUCGCCCUUACUGCACAUGCGCAACAGGUUUCUUUGGAUACCAGUGUCAAAAAACGACGGCAAGCCCGUGUUAUCCGACGUGUAAAAACGGGGCAACGUGUCAAAUGAUAGGAUACAAGGCAUUUUGCCUAUGCGCCACUAACUUUACUGGAUAUUCAUGUGAAAUAGAUUCCUCGGCAAUUUGCACGGACUAUUGUCAGAAUGGGGGAGUUUGCACAGUCGACUUCAAUGGUAAACGACACUGUGACUGCCCAGUCAACUUCUUCGGGUACAGAUGUGAAAUAAAUGCUACUGAUCCGUGUUACCAACAUCCAUGUGAAAACGGGGGGACAUGCAUAGGAAACCUGUAUAACCACUACUGUUCUUGCGCCACUGGAUUUACAGGCAAAACCUGUAGUUGUAAUUCAACAUCAAUCUGUGAUUCCUACUGUCAGAACAAUGGCACCUGCCACACGGAUUCAUUUUGCCAUCCAAAGUGUCAUUGCGCGUAUGGCUUCAGUGGCUACAGAUGUGAAAACAGACACCAUGAUUUGCAUGAAACCACAUUUGGUGAAGCUGAAGUUGAUGAGUUGGGUCAGGGGAUCAAGCAUGAUCCUGCUGAAGGAAAAGACCUCUUGGAUGAAACUAGUGGUGGUGAAGUUUCUCCGGACUUCUAUGACUUGGGACAGCGGAUCAAGGCUGUUUCAGAAAGCAAAGAUCUCUUGGGAGAGUCGAAACUCCUCCAACAACUAGGUGAUAAAUACUUGGAGUUAGCAAGUAGGUCACGUGAGGGUUGGCACUAUGUCAUGGCAUGUGGACUGUUCAACAGUGCUAGGUGCUGCAUCGAUAAGUUCUCCACAAUAAACCCAACAGCAGCCCAGGAUGAACUCCAGAGUCUGAGAGAUGACCAAACUAAAGCUAUUGAUCAGGUAGAAAACUUGUAUAUUACACAACAAGUGGGAGUGGGAGCUAUCCCAGAACACGAUGUCCCCAAAGGUACAUACAAAUCCAGGCUUACCCAAAUCAGAGAAUAUUCAAGGAAUUCAACUGACCAUAUACAAGUUUUCAUGAAAGUAGACAUGAGUUCUGCUGAUAUGGAAAAGGAGGAUGAAGUCAAGACUAUCGAGGCAUCAGCGAAAUUCUACAAUGAGUUGACGGAAAAACUGAAACAGUUUUACAGAGGGCUCCUUGAUGACUGUUAUGCAGUACUGGGUAAGCCAUCUUGCAAGUAUGCCAUAUUAGGUCUCGGGUCACUUGCAAGGCAAGAGGCCACUGCAUGGUCAGAUCUGGAAUCCGCAAUUCUAUUCGAUGAUACCAACAAAUCAGAGGAUGAAAUCACAAGCACCAAGACCUAUUUCCGCACCUUGUCCCACCUGUUCCAUAUCAAACUAAUCAACCUUGGUGAAACCAUCCUUCCGAGCUUGUGUAUACCAGUCCUGAAUGAUUUCAACAAAGAACUGCCAGCAGGUUUGAGAAACAAUGAGUACUUUGAUGAUGUGACACCAAGUGGGGUUUGCUUUGAUGGUGCCAUGCCUUGGGCCAGCAAGACUCCACUGGGAAGGAGGGAGACUGAUACCAAACCGCCAUUAGAACUGACCAUGACUGCCAGGGAACUUGCUACACAGCAGAAAGAAGAUGCAUGCAUGAAAGAAGGUUACCACCUGGCAGAUGUACUGAUGUCAACAACAUUAAUAGAUGGCGACGGUGAAUUAUACGAUGAAUAUAACAAGACCGUUAACGCAAUCUUACAAUCACCAUCAAUGCAGGAUCCCACUAUGACUGUCGCCAGGUUCAGAGGAAUCCAGACAUUCAUUGACGAUGCACUGAAAGAACAACAGAAAACUCUUCUUGGUUCACUAAACAUGGUUCUCAGUGCAAAAAAAGACAUUUAUCGCUUUGCAACAAUGUCUAUAAACUCACUAAAAUUGAUUCAUGGGUUAUCAUCUACUUGUCCAUUAGAUAUAUUAGAUGAACUGGUUGAAGUUAAGAAAAUCUCAGAGUCUGCUGCUCAAGAUCUGAAAAUCAUGGUGUGCAUUGCCAUCAACCUUAGACACAGUGUGUACGCGAAAAAGAAUCGGCAACAUGAGCUGAUUUCGUUUACAAAAUCAUUGGAAGAUUCGACAGGAGAGUCACUCUCUGUACGUGAUUACACUGCUGUCUACCGGUUUUUGUUCACAUUCACACUAUGGUUCGAAGAUAUAUGCUACAGACAAAUACCUAACCAAGCAUUUGAUCUUAUCUUCCCUAGGUACUUUGACAAUAGUAGUUCGAUGAAAGCAAUGAUUCAUAAGCACAUGAAUUACUUUGACCUUGCAUUGGAAGCACUCUUUAAGGGAGAAGAAGAGGCUUUAAAAGACAAUAACAAAGAAUUACUUUUCGAGAUCUGGUACGGAAUAGGGUGUAUGCUUCAAAGCAUGGGAAAAGAUACAGAUGCUCUGCAUUAUCUACACAAAGCAUAUGAUGUAUCACAAAAUACCAUUCACGGUAGUAAUAUAGCAUUGUUCGCAAACCUGUGCCAUACUAUUGGUGACAUUUACAUAAAAAGAAGAGAAUUUUCAUACGCCUUCAACUUCACACAGCAGGCAUAUGAUCUAACAUAUAAGGGAUUUAGGUCGCAUCCACGAAUUCGAAAAAUAUUGCAUAGCAGGGCUGUAUUAUCGCAGCACAUUGGAAAUUCGGAGGAAGCAAUAAGGAUCUCACAAAUGGCUUUAGAGGAAGACAAAAGGAUUAACCAAAAUAAACCAUGUUUAGAUGUGGUUUAUUCCUUAUAUACUCUUGGACAUAUUUACCGAGAAACGAGAAAUUACCAGCAAGCUCAAAUAUACUUUCAGGAGGGCCUCGAAAUAAUAAAUGACAUCAUGAAAGAUGUUCCUCAUAUACUGAAGGCAAUGAUAUACCAUGACAUGGCAAUAAGUUGGCAUGGACUACAAGACUUUCCUAAAGCAUUAGCAUAUUGCCAGAAAACCAUCAAAAUGUAUCAGGAAGUUUAUCACAACAUCCCUAAUGAAAGGAUUGCUGCUACAUUCUUAAUGGUGGGUCUAGUGCUUGAGGACACAAAUAGGCAUGUUGAAGCAAUGGACAGUUACCGAAAAGCUUAUGAGAUGAAUAACGCGUCAAAUCAAAAUAGGCCACAUCCAACAACAGCAAGUAUAUUGAACAAGAUCGGAACUCUUUAUAGAAUCAAGAAGGAUUACGAGAGUGCACUUAACAAUCAUGAAAUGGCAUUAAAAAUGUUAAAAUUGAUUUUCCAAGAAAGACCCAAUCCUAUUAUCGCCACCACCAUGACGCUCAUUGGGGAAGUCCACAGGGAGAAUGGCUCGCCAGAAAUUGCUUUGAUAUGGCAUCAAAAGUCUAAAGAGAUAUACGAAAAGGUAUACCAAGGUCGUUAUCAUACUGAUAUUGCAGGAGUGUUCAAAUGUAUUGCCAUCGCAUUCAUUAGUAUGAAGAAAUAUCAGGAUGCAAAACUAAAUUUUGAAGAAGCCUACCAAAUAUUAAAGCGUGUCCACAAGGAUUCCCCAAACAUGGAUGUAGCAAAUGCACUGCAUGGCAUGGGUGUUAUCCAUCAUGAUAUCGGAGAGAUUGCAUCUGCACAAAAAUAUUAUGAAAUGGGUUUGAAAAUGCAAAAGGAGGUCUAUCGAGAUUCUCGACACAAGGACAUAGCUAUCUCUCACAUCGGCUUGGCAAAAAUCGGGGAGACGAAACCCAGACUUGUACACUUAUUUGAAGCAGAUCGAAUCUUGAAGUCAAUGUUCAAGGAUGACCCUCAUCACCUGAAGGCUGAAGUGUUACUAAUGAUUGGACUAAUCUAUGAAAACUUAAAUAAACCAGAGGCUGCCUUGAGAAAUUUAGAACAAGGAAUAAAAAUGUCGCAAAUAUGUAAACACAAAAGACUUGAAAUUUGGGUGAAACAGGCCUAUGAUACAAUGCUGAAGAUCUAUAAAUCAAGAAACGAUGUAGAUAAAUGUAUAGAUAUUGCCUGUGCGAUGAAAUCUUUAGAAUUAAAGUAACGUGUAAUAAAUCACUUUUGACACGAUCUUUAUCUUCAUAAAAUAUUGUUUCCCAUGUUUAUAAGUUCAUGGAUGACUGAGUGUAUCCAGGCGUAUAUGCGGGUUGGGCAAAUAUUACAGAAAUAUAUUCAUCCAUACGUUUUCCAACUAAAAAUGUAGAAAUGAAGACUAAUAAGUACUUGUAAAUAGUAUGAUAUAACUAUUUUACACUUCUGUCUCGAUCGCCUAUUCCGAUACUAGCUACAACCCUGUACGUUUCUAUAUCAUCAAGAUGUCUUGUAAGCAUCAAUGACUGAAUGGAUUAGGUGGAUCUGAGUGAUAGAAACCGCAAAAUUAUUAUUUUCAUUGUUCACUCUAUAAGUUAUGCAAGUUAUGAUGAGUGUUUCAUCAAUUUUUUAUUUGACUUCUCAUCAUGUUUCGUUUCUUCCAAGCCCUG